AUGCGUGCUGUCCCUCUCUUUGAAGCUCUCGCGGCUGGUUGUACCAGCAUCGAAGCUGACAUCCAUCUUUCUACGCAAGCCGAAAGCCGAGAUCUGCUAGUAGGGCAUAACACAAACUCACUCACCCAAGAAAGGACCCUACAGAGUCUAUACAUCGGGCCACUUCUCGAGAUUCUUGAGAACAUAAACGAGCGGAUUACCGUCUCGAAUGACACGGUGAAGGACUGGAAUGGUGUUUUUCAAUCCAGCCCAAGUACUACCUUGACUUUACUUCUAGACUUCAAGUCCGACGGUAUCGAGCUCUGGCCUCAUGUGAUUCAGCAACUCGAGAGUCUUCGCAUCAAAGAUUGGCUCACAUACUGGGACAGUUCAUCUGGGAUACACUGGGCACCAAUCAUCAUCGUAGCGAGCGGCAAUGCCUCUUUCGAUGUCCUCAAAGCUAAUACCACCUACCGCGAUAUCUCAAAUCCUGUAUACAAUAUCACGAACUCCUACUAUGCUAGUACCUCAAUCACCAAAGCUCUGGGAACUCAGUUGCUCUGGAGAUUUAGUUCAGCACAGUUGCAUAGAAUUCGUUCUCAGAUUACUGCUGCAAACGAGAAAGGCUUGAAGGCGAGAUAUUGGAAUACUCCCGCUUGGUCUAUAACUUUUCAGGAUUACAUCACAGGGGUUCUAGUAGAGCAUGGAAUAGGAAUUUUGAACGUGGAUUCCUUUGAAUCUGUAUUAUGUUUUCCUCUGUUGACUAGAUUUGCGCAAAAUCGCCUUGCAUGGUGA